AUGAACAAAAACAGACACAACCCUAGCUCUAACACUCAUUCUCUCUGCGGCUCUGCCGCCCUCACCCAACGCCUCUCUCUGACUCGCAAACUCUCCGGCGUCUUCAGCUCUCCGCCCUCGGCCUCUCCGGCUCUCCAACAUCGGCAUCUUCGGCUCUCCGCCCUCGGCUUCUCCGGCUCUCUGCCCUCGGCGUUUAAGACUCUCUGCUCUCAUCGUGUCUCUCAGCCUCGCAGCCUCUCCGGUUCCGGUUCUCCGCCCUCGGCUUCUCCGGCUCCGGUUCUCCGCCUCCCUGCCCAGAUGGCUUUCAUGUUCGAAGCCCCUCUCUCAGCAUAUCGUGGGUUGCUUGUGUUGAACUUUAUUUUUGCUUGGAGGAUGUCUGGUGUUUAACGGUCUUUUGCAACUUGUGUGGAGAAAAUGAUGCCGAAAAGUUGAUUAGCUACUCCGAAGCAUGAACCUGAGAACUGAUGCUGCUGGUUAUCAAGAGGUAAACAUAUUUGCUAUGAACUCUUUUGAACAAUAUUAGUAGCUAGAAGCAGAAACUGCAGAGUAGACCUUUUGCGUAUAUAGAAAGUAGCAUGUACAUGUUAUGAGAAAAUCUAAAUUCCAUCAUAGACCUAGUAUUUUAGUCACUACACCAAGGUUUUUUGCUACAUUCAGCAAUUCAAUACAGUCUCAUAGAAAACUAAAAUGAAUUAGUACUUGACAUAGAUGAUUUUGGCUUCCUCUUGCCUCCCAUUGAUGUGGUUCUUUUCAACUUUCUGCAUAAAUGUAAAAAAUAUAACUUGUAAAUUUGAAAUGGGUUUUGUGAAUGUUUAACUUUGCAA